UGCGCGAGCAGGGUUUGGCGCGGAAUCUGAAAUCUCUUCUUUCUAUCAACAGUCAACCACUGGAUUUCGUCAAUGAUCAGUAUCUGACUGCAGCCACUUACCUUAGCUAACUUUAUUUCCCUGUUUUCUUAGCACAAACCUACAUAACAGUUUAAUUGUGAAACUAAGUAUCAUUACAUUUAUCUUUACAUUUGUCAUUCAACAUCAGCUCUUCCAACCUGAGAUUAUACAAUGUCAUCCGGUCGAGGAAAACCAUCAAAGAAGGCAAAAGUAGCUGAGGAGCCAAGUGAUCUCAAAGUAUUUCACUUCGACAUGGAGGAGGAAAAGAAGGGAUUAAGUGGUUCAGAGGAAGACAUUCGUGAAGAUGAAACCCCAAUUGUUGACACCAAGUCAACAAAAAGACGACCUGGGCUUUCAUUUGAAGAAGACGAUCCUACUUUGGGUGUGAGCAAUGAGGUCCAGACGAUGUUGGAGAGGUUUGGGGCUGACAUAGGCAAAGCUAUGCAGGCUAAGAGGAAGAGGUUGGAGACUUUCACCAAAAGCUCUUUAAAAGGCAGCAAUCAGAAGCUAGAGCAACUGUGGAAAACACAACAUGCCCAGAGGCAGAAGCUGACACAAGAGUACUCCCAGCAGGUGUUCUCAGUGCUACAGCAGUGGGAGACCGAUACACAGAAGUCAGAGGAGCAGGAGGAGAAGCUCAAUAACCUAUUCCGCCAGCAGCAAAAACUCUUCCAGCAGGCGAGGGUUGUUCAGAGCCAGAAGCUAAAAACCAUCAGAGAUUUAUAUGACCAGUUUGUGAAGAACAUGGACGAGAUGGAGAAGAGUCAUGAGAGUUUCCUGCAAGGGGCGCAGGUGGAGCUGAAGAAGGAGAUGGCCAUGCUGCAGAAGAAAAUUAUGAUGGACACUCAACAACAGGAAAUGGCUACCGUGCGGAAGAGUCUCCAGUCCAUGCUGUUCUAACAGGAAAUGGCUACUGUGCGGAAGAGUCUCCAGUCCAUGCUGUUCUAGACAUGAUCCUCUUAGCUAUUUAGUUCAAAGUGCCAACAUUGUGCAAUGUUCAGUAUCACUGAUGUGUUUUUAUCAACAGCAGGAUUUGUAUCUAUUUACAUUUGUAUGUUAUGGUUUAUUUAUUGUUAUUGUUGUAUUUAUUGUAUGUUGUAAACUAAACGAGUUAAGACCCAAAAUAAUUUUUUGUCAGAAUGAUUUUGUUACUUGGUUCUUGGUUUUGGUUUUGUUACUAAGCAUGCAUUUAAUGUGAAUGAUUUUAUCAGAACAAAUACAUUAUUUUCUAAAUAUAACAAGAAGAUUCAACAA